UGGUUAGAGGAUGGCCCCUUUGUUUGCCUGCUUUUUCUCCUAUCCACAGGGUGACUGGAUUACCUGGGUGUUGAACCACAUUGGCAUGACCCAUUUCCAGAUGUGGGCUAGAGAUGUGGAAUACAUCCGCUGGCUCGUGCAGGGAAAAUACCCACUCCCUUCACUCCCUUAUUCUGCCACCAAGUUUGCACUGGAUGGAUUCUUCAGCUCACUGAGCCAUGAACUCAUGAUGCAGAAGAAGAAUGUCUCUAUCACAGUGUGCAUCCUCAGUGAUUGGGGCAAAGUGCACCCAACUGCUUCUCCUGCUCCUGAAGCUGCACUCACCAUCAUCCAGGGAGGUGCCACAUGGAUGUGGGAGGUUUUCUACCCAUGGUGGCCGCUGCACAUGCGGUAGCUCUGGGUUUUGUCCCCCAAUGACAAGGACCAGGUUUUACAGAGUUACUGUAACUACAGCAGUCCUUAAAGGAUGCCCACUCUCAGUCUCCUCUCCCAUCCUACAUCCCUUCUAAUCACAUUCCCCCUGUCCCGCUAAGCAUCCCAUGAGCCGUUGGUGUCAAGCCGGAGCAGGGCAGCAGCAGUGGUAAAGUAACCUUAGCUCUUUUCGUAAGUCUCAUCUUGGUCCUCCUCUUAUCCUGCUUCAGCCACAGUUCUGAUAUUUCUACUCAUCAGUCACAGAGCUUUCCCACUGUUCACUCUGUCUUAGCCCUCCACCCAUUCUCUUCCUUCAGCCUUACCUGUGUUUUUACUAUUUCCAGUCUUCUCUCAGCUCCAGCUUUAACCUCUGUCUGUACAGGAUGUAGUGGAAUGUCUGUACAUCCUGCUCCACUUCUGCAUUAUUUGUGGAUUCUGUGAACCUUCUUGCUUCCUAUAAAUAGAAUUUUAAUUAAACUUUUUUUAAUGUGUUGGUGUUACAUGUUGAUGCUGCUUCUGUGAAGGAAGGCUAGUGACCUGGCUUCUGUGCGCACAGGCCUGUUGGUAGAUGUUGUUGACUGCACAGGACCUGUUAAAUCAGCUCUUCCUUACUGUAAAUGCCAAGAUGCAUUGAUGAUGCCUGCACUGAACAGGAGAAAGAAUGUAGAGGGAAUUCUUCCUUCCCUAACACAUUAUUCCUAUGGAUAUGUGUCAUGGCUUGUAAGUUCUAGCAGCUAAGAAAAAGCAGUCUUUGCUUGAAUCCCCCUGGGCUGGGGAUGGAUAAAUGAUCCUAUGUGGGCUUCUUAGUGUCUGAGAAGAUGUUUAUUUUGUGUGUUGUUCCUGGCCACAGUGCGUGAAUCCUGUAGGAAUUUUAAGUAGCUUUGAAAGUGUAACAUUUUGCAGAAACUGGCUAACAGGUUUGGAAUUUAUUGGAACAGCCAGGUAUUGCUUAAAAAACAGACUUGUCUAGGGAAUAUAGAACUAAAAUGGAGAAUGCAGAGCUUUGCCAAUCACAAGGUCACUGCAUGCCCGUGCUCCUUCCUUGCUCUGUUGACAGCUAGGUGCUAGACUAAGUGCAGUCUUGUUCUGAGCUAAAUAUAAAAACUUGUGUGCCUGCAAGAGAUAUGACUGCAGCUCGAGUUCUUACUCGUUACUGGGAAUGGUGUGUGGCACUUUUAGUCGCAAGUAAAUUUUAUCCAUGUCCUAGAAA